CGACAUUUAGAUGAUAGUAUUACAUCAAACCAAUUUUAACAUAAUGAUAACAAUAAAAACAUGUAUAAUACAGAAUUGUGGGCUAAUUGGAAAGUAUGCAUAAUACCUGCUGGAAGGUGAUGUUCAUUAUUCAAGCUAGCUAGCUAGAUAAAGUUUGCAUUGUUGCUAUUCACCAGUAGUUGUUGUAGUAGUUGUUGUUUUCGGGAAAUAAAAUAAUAUUAAAACUUUAUUAUGUAUCAAAAUCUCCAAAGAGCAUUAUAAUCCUGUGACCUCAGCACAGCAGAAGACACUCGCUCCAUUUAACGAGAAGCAUAAUCUCUCUCUCUCAAUUGGAAAUCUUAAAAUAGUGUCAGUGGGCUCCUCUUUACCAAAUAUAGGUUAUCCAAACACUCCGGCUCGCUCCCUCUCUCCCCGGGUUGUACCAUCGCAGGCGGGGAAUGAACGGGAACUUGUGCGCCGGGAGCUGGAGAUGAAUACUUCAUCCCUGACCCACAUAAUGGCGAUAUAUGAGGCUCUGUGAAGCGCUCCCCGGUGCGGCGGCGGCUCUCCGCGUCUCGACUCCCAUCUUCCUCCGCCUGGAUCCGACUCGCCUCUCCUCUCCUCGCCUCUGCUCUGCUCUCCCUCUCUCCAUCUCGCUUUCCAAAAGGCAGAGAGGAGGGAGGAACAGAGGAGACUUCUGCCGAGGAAAGAGCGACGGAAACGGAAAAAGUAAAGAAAGAAUCGAGACUCACCAGUGCUGGAUUGAACCUGAAGAUGACGCAACAAUUGGACUAGAGGGAGAAUGGAGCAUAAAGUUGGAGUUCAGACGAUGCAGAUACUGUAUGAAAGUUUAGGUAGAUCUUCAUCUUUACCAAGUCAUCACUUCUGGACCUUGGGUCCAGCAGAGUGAGAUGACGGAGCGUCCAGUCGGCCUGAAGUUCCCCUGACUCCCCAGCUGAAACCUUCAACAGAACCUGAGGUCAAGCUUCUCCCCCUCCUGCCUCCUCCACCCCACCGUUUCCUGAACCCCUCCUCUGGUUCCGGGUCAUGGCGCUCCCCAGUGCCAACGAGUUCCACUGGCAGAGCCUGGCGCGUCUGCCCUGCGGCCGCGUCUACCACUCUCUGUCUGAGGUGGGGGGACAGAUGUACAUGCUGGGGGGCUGCGACGCUGCGGGGCGGCCGUGCCCCGGACUGGACCUGUACUCUCCUGAGGGGGACCGCUGGAUAGGCUUGGCCCCAAUGCCCACCCCCCGCGCAGGCGCGGCCGUGGCCGUGCUGGGGAAGCAGAUCCUGGUGGUGGGCGGAGUGGGAGAAGACCAGCGCCCUCUGAAGGUGGUGGAGAUGUACAACACGGAGGAAGGCAGGUGGAGGAAGAGGAGCGCGCUGCGGGAGGCCCUGAUGGGCGUGUCCAUCACUGUGAAAGAUAGCCGUGCUCUGGCUGUUGGAGGAAUGGCUGCUGACCUGCUCCCUCGCAGCGUCCUGCAGCAGUAUGACCUCAGAAAGGACGUCUGGGCGCUACUUCCUCCCAUGCCGACUCCUCGCUACGACGCCAAUUGCCACCUGCUGGGCAACAAGCUUUAUGUUGCAGGUGGUCGCCAGUGUAAGCGACCAGUGAAAGCUUUUGAGGUGUACGACACAGAAGCACGCUCCUGGACCUCGCUGCCUGUUUUGCCGUGUAAGCGCACCUACGGGGGUGUGGUAUGGGACUCUGCUGGGAGGCUGUGUCUGCUGGGAGGAUUACGGCAAGGCGGGGGACACCAAAGCUCCAAGUUCACCAAGAACGUCAAUAUUUUUGAUACCAAUCAAGGCGCCUGGCUCAAGUCCGAGGAGACGGUGGCGUUGAAAACUAAGAGAGCAGACUUUGCCGCCGCCUUCUUGCGCGGCAGGAUGGUGGUUGCAGGUGGACUCGGUCAUGAACCCUCGGCGUUGGACACAGUGGAGGCUUUUAACCCUCAGAAAAAGAAGUGGGAACGUUUGGCUCCCAUGAACUUCCCAAGAUGCUCCGCCUCUUCCAUUGUCAUCAGAGAUCGCCUCCUGGUGGUGGGAGGAGUUAACCAGGUUCCCAGCUCAGCCCAUGAGAUCCUCUAUGUCAAAGAAGAAGAGUAUCUGUAGCGCGGUGCGACCGAUGGCAGGUGAUUGCUGCGGAUUCCGCCUCUUUCCUCAAUCAGAGUCCAGUGCACAGAAAGCAGCAUGCGAUGUAACAGGUAACACUGCCCCCUGCUGGAAGUAGCUGAGCAACGCGUCUGAACGCACAAUGGAGCACCUGACUCCAUCUUUGGAUGGAGAUUUAAUUCCUGUAAAGGUGGAAUUCUUCUGGAAGUUUCUGUCUCCCCCCCACCCCCAUGCCUGGUCGUGUAGACAAACCAAUAUGAGAAAUCAGUUUUACUGCUGAUAUGUAUUUCAUCUUGUGUCUUCGUUCUUUACUUCAUGUGAUUUAGGAACUAUAGAUAAGGUGGAUUUUACAAAGCAUUUUAUUUUAGUGAGAUAAUGUGACAACAAUAUUUGUAGAUUAUUUAAUUAUACAGAUAAUACAGGGUUUUUUUGUUUGCUAGUUUGUUUCCAGGUACUGUGAAAGGGGCAAUAUAAUGUAAAAUGUACUUUUUGGAGCUUUAUAUCAUGUUAUAAUGUUAUUCCCUCAUCAAAGUCAUACCUGAAGUGUUGCCUUUAUUUUUUUCAUGGAUGUUUGAGAAUUCCUUUAAUUUCCAUGGCAACCAUUCAGGUGUGCAAAAUGCCUGGGUGGGUCUAGCCCCGCCUUUGAGACACAACACCUCCUCAAAGCUGCAGUUUCCAAGCUUCAGGUUUCCACCUCACAGAGCAGCCUUCCUCCGAUCUCCCCCACUCGGCUCCUUCAAACUAGUCAGCAGCAAUUAGCAAACAUCUGGUGGAUCUGUGCUUCUGCUGAGUUCAUUAUUUGAGCUGCGUCUCAGUGAAAUGCUGGUAAAAAACGUUGUUAAUGGGUUAACAGAGGAAACGUGUUGUGAUGACUUUCUGUAGGCAGAGUUUCAGAAAUAGCAGGAGUUUUUAAAGAGACAGAGGCCCAAUUUCAAGAUGUUAAUUUAAAAGGUAAAAUUUAUUUUAAUGAUUUGACAUAUAUAGAUAGAGAGAGAAAGAGCAUAAUCAAAUUACAUAGUUAGUUGAUUAUGCUUUAAAAUGGCACUGUGUGCCUGGAAAACACAUAAUACUGCCCCUUCAAGUAUUAUAGUCUUAGUUCCUUUAAGAUAGUGUUUUCUUAUGAUAUGACUCCUGUGUGGUGUACCACUUCCUGUUUGUGCGUUAUGAUCAUGUAUAUGAAAUUAACCAUGUGUGAAAUGCUGUUCUAUUCAGAAAUUUCAUUGUGUAUUUUAUGUCUUAAGACAACAUAAAUCAGUGGAAAAUUAUUUUGUGGAAUGAAAGUGACAUAUGCUUUUUACUAUCAUUUAUGUUUAUAAAUCUGAAAAGUGUGGUGUGCAUUCUUAUGUAUCCAUUCUUCACGGUGCAUAUCAUUUUACUAGAGGUCAGACUGUUACACUUUAGUGUCAUCUAAUCAGAAUAUCGUCUUCCACACUUUAAGCCACAUGUCUGACUGCAAACUGUAAAUUUGGACUUUUUAUGACCUGUUUUUGUUUUUCUUUCACAAAGACCAGAUUUGUAAAGUCCACAAUUAAUGGUUGACUGCUGAGUGUAUUUUUCCAGCUGACCUAUAGAUUUGUUAUUCACUAGCUGCUUUUCCAUUACAAAUCUGCGGCAAACGUUGUAGCUAUUCUGCUGAUGUCGGAAAAAGACAAUUUUGCAUUUGCUGUGUUUACAUUAAAUAAGAAACUCAGUUAAAGUCACACCUGAAUAAGUUGUUCAUGAGAUAAAAAAAAAAUGCUGUCACCGUCUUCCUCCCUCUUUCUGUCGAUUUCUUUGUCCUUUCCACCAGUAGAGAAACCCGACUGUUGGUUGCGGCUGGUGUGAUGUGAAAAAAAUAUUUUCAUUGCAGUUUUACAAGACAAAUAGAUUUUGAUGCGUUUGAAAAACCACUUCAUCCAAGCGCAAAAACCUCUUAAUAGAAAAUGCUAGGGUUUUUUUCCAUUAAGCAAAUGUAUUUUUGUAACUCCAAUUUGUGCAAUUUUAAGGUCAAUGGAAACGCAGCUACUAAUAACAAACAAAAACUCAGAGACAUUCAUCAAACAGCUGUGUACAUACUGAGAUUUAAUUACACAUAUCAGGAUUCUGUACAGUAAUGAAGUGACUUCAGAAGACAACUGUGGCUGCAUUGAAUUUUCUUUGGGGGCAUCACAGUAAUAGUGUCUAUAUUGAGAUCCCGGCCACACUUUGCAGUUUUUUUUAUUGGUAAAACAGUUGCAAAUCAGACAUCCUUUUCCUGUAGAGUCAGAACUCAGCACCACUCAGUGUUGGUCUGUCAGAUGAAAUCCUAAAGACAUGAAAAGGUUCAUAUGGUGGGUUUGCCUGUUCAACUCGUGCCUGCUGGAUUUUGGACUCAUUUCCAGGCACCAACUUGGACCCUGUUUGACUUCCAGGUCAUCUUUCUGCCUACAGCAAUACGAUUCCUGUUCAACGCUGUUUACAUCCUGUGUGCAAAAACUGCAAGAGGGAAAUUUUACUGCAGACUUUGUUUGGGACCCACUUAUUGUUGUGCACUGUCAGAUGUGCAUGUCUUUUUAUUAUUUGUAUGUUUAUUGUGCUGACACAAAAACUAAGCCAUGUUUUCCUCUGCUACACAAUGACAUGUAAUGCUGACUUCAUGACUUCCUUUGUAAAAUAAAUUUUCUUAUUGCACUUAGCUUCCACUAGAUGGCAGCAGCCACACG